AUGCCUGCAGGAAGGGAUGCAGUCCUUAACAGGUCAAUAUCUGAGAAAAUCGAGGAACUAAAAGCGAAAAAGUCUCUCCUAGAUGGAGAUCGGAAGGCCUACGAGGAAACAUCCCAAACUCUGAUCCAAAAGAACAAGGAAAGAAUCAGAUGCUUAAGGAAAGACAACAAAGAACUUCGUCAAAAACUCCAAGAUCUUAAUUCGAAAGAUGAAGCUGUUAUCAAUAAGGCAUUAAAAGACAAACCAAUCGAAAGAGCUUCUUUGAAGAAUAAAACAGGACAGGAAGCCAUUACUGUCCUGGACCACAAGGUAUCUGAUGGAAUAAAACAACUAAAUUCCUUGAAACAUCAAGUGGCUCAAAAAAAGAAGCAGUUAACAGAGUUGACGACAAAGUUUAACCUUCAAGUCAAAGAUGCAUCCCUAGCUCGGGCAACUGACAAGGGAGAAUCACAAGAGGCUCAGAGAAUAAGAUACCUGGAAAAUAGCUGUGACAAAGCUCGACUAAAAAUCCAUGAAGCAGAUCACCUAUGCCACACCUAUGAUCAGAUCCUUCAUAAACUAAAAGAGGAUUCUUUGACUUGGCCAUUGGUUCUUGAAAAUCUGGAGAAACAAAUCAAGCAGUGUCAAUUAGAGCUUGAAGAAUUGAAAGGUAUGCAUAAUGAUGCACAACUGUCUAAAGAGAAUGCACUGAGAGACUUGAAAAAGCAGGAGAACCUCGUUGCAGAAGAGCGAAAGAAACGAGAUCUUGCUUUACAGGAAAAGAGAAAAGAAGCUGAAGAGAAGAAGAUGCUCCAUGACCGCAUUGAAAGACGGUUUAAUUCACAACGGGCCUCAUUCCAACAAGAUGAAAUUGGUGCCAUGGAUAAACCAACUUUGUCCGGAGAAGAGCAACAGCAAAAGAUCACAACUUAUGAAGAAGCCUUUCGACGUAUCAAAGAAGCUACCGGCGUGUCAGAUACAAUGGAAGUUGUGUACCGUUUUGAAAACCAAGGAGCCACAACUGCUCACCUUGAAGAACUGAAAAGGGAGAAUGAGAAACAGAUUGUCCGACUUCAGGAGGAGAAAGCUGCCCUUCAGAAAAAAUUUGAAGAAAUGAAAUAUACAGGAGAAUCAAAACUUUCAAGCGGGCAGAAGAUGUUGGAAGAUUUUCAGGAAGAAUUGCGAAAAGAAAAGCAGAACCGAAAUGAAGUUGAAGAGAAACUUGAUAAGCUCUCCAAGGUUCUUCUACAAGUCAAGGCAGGAGUCGAUCACCUGGCUGACAAACUUACCCACCUGAAAACUACAAAAGGUCAUACAACUUCAGCUCGAAUUUCACCAAUGUCCAAUGAAUAUGUUCUUGACCAACUUGCAUUGUGUGAGGAAAAGUUACUGAAACUUAUGGAUGAUUUUGGGGACACAGAUUUGGAAAAGAUCCAAAAACAGAUGGAAGAUGAAGAGUUUCAUGCCAACAUGGAAAACAGGCUUCCCUUGUAUAACACCAGAGUGAAGCUACCAUUUCAACAAGCUGAAACCAUUUAUGGAGCUGACAGCGAAAGUGGCAGAGAAGAUGAUGCUGAGGUCCUGAGUCGAAUUGCUAUCAAGAAGCAAUCCAAAGAAUUAAUCGAUCGACAGACCAAGAAAUGUAACACUCGCCGGAGGAAAAAACCCAAAUAG